CAUCUAAGGCUGGUCAAAAUCGAGUUGAUGUGAUCAUCUGAGAUUGAGAACAAAGCCAAAUUUAACCCUGAAAACCGGCGGAUUCGGCCAAUUCCAGGCAGGAACAAGAAGGUUGCUCUCAAGAAGGAUCCAUAAGUUGCGAAGAGGGUAAUGCCGGAUCGGAAUAAGUUAUUGAUCACUCGGAUUCCGGGAACAUUAUUGUUGAGCCCAAAUGAAAAAAUGGCCUCGAAAGGAUUGCCGGAUGAAGUCAGACUGUGGGAUAUCGACCAUGCCAAUCUCCAGGAUCGAAUUGAGGCCAGACGAGAACGGAUUUCGAAACGGAUCUCGGCCGCCAAACGACUGACCCAGAUGAUCAAGGUUCAGAAUAUAUUCGGCAGUGGAUUGCCCAACUAUGAUGAAGAUCUCGAACCCGCGGGCAAUUAUGUUCAGUUUCAAAAAGCCAAGACGGAAAAACUGACGAACGAGCUCCUUUCCAAUGGAUGUGAAAUGAUGGACAAUGUGCGGUUAGCCGCUGACCGCCUCCAGAUUCAACAUCGAGAUCGCGUUGAGAGACGAGAUCAGGUCAUCAAACAAAUCAUGGAGCAGGAUAUCGCGGACACCGAAUUGGAAUUCGAGCAAAUCCAACAGAGAUGGCCGGACACAGAUGUGGCCAAAAAUGCUCCCACGGAUCUGUUCACGAAGAUAAUGGAGCAAAAGCAGGCCUGCAAUGCUUUAUUGGAAAAGCGCAAUGAUCUCAUCGCGGGUUUAGAGGACGAGCUCCAGGAUUCUGAUGAUCAAUAUCAGGUCUUGAUCGAGGAGUACCAUGAAAAUAUAUCUGUAUUGGCUGCCCGGAUGGAGCAGCUUCUACAGACAUUUGAGAACAUGGCGCGGUCGGAAAACAUCAAAUUGGAGGAGGCCUUUGAGCGGGAAAUUAAUGAGAAAAGAGCGGAACAGGAUGAGGAGUGGCAAAAAGACUUGGAUCAAGUCAAGACAUAUUCGAUCGAGACCAUGGAGCAACGUUUAGCCACUCUGCAGAGCAAUGAGGAGGAACUUGACCGGACUAUCUUGGAAGAUGCUGAGGCGUUCACCAUCAUUAAACAUGACCUCGAGGACAAGGUCAAUCUCCUGUCCGAUCAAGUUCAACUCAUAUGCUCGGUCAACUCUUUGAACGAGGAGCGCCUGGACUACGAAAUCCAUGUGCUUCGAAAGCACGAAGAAGAAAUCGGUUUGGUGAAGGCGGAUCAAAAGCGGAAAAUUACCUCUCUGCAAGACACUAUCAACAAGUUGAAGGUGAGGGUCGCCGAAGUCCAAAAAAAGACCAUCAAAGGAGAGGAAGCACUUCACGAGAAGAUCGGGGAUAUCAAGAAACAGUUGCAAAAAUUGGAGCGAAUGAGCCGCAUGAAUAGUAUGGUCACUCUGCGGAAGCAAAAUGAUCUUGUUAACAUGGCAAGGGACAACAGUUUGGAGAAGAUCAAGCACAUCGUGGAGAGCGACCAACAACUUCAAAGUCUCUACACCGCGAAUGGAACACUGAGAGUGAAACUCUACCUGGAACCACUUUUCAACAUAAGAAGUUCCAUGAGCUCUUCAAAUGCCCAACGAAUUAGGCCCAAGACCGCCAAUUUAGAGCGGCGAAAUCGUCCAUCGUCGGAUUCUCAUGGUUUGCAAUUGCGUCGAAGGUCCCCCUCCCAAGAGCAAUCAUUCGUGUCUGAUCGCCGAUCAUCCAAGGACCUCCUAGAUAUGAAAACCGCUUUAUCCAAUCUCGUUCACGAGGCCAGUUUCUUGGUGGAGGAAAAUCUGAAUCUCUUGGUGGAGGCUGACGAUGUGACCCCAGACGAGAAGAACCUUUUUAAGCUCGAUUCGAUUCUGAAUACCAUUGGAGUACAAGGCGAGGACGAGGUCCUGGAUGUGAUCCAAAGCUUUGAAAAGAAUCCCACCGUUUCCAUGAAGGAUAACGUUCUCAAGGUGAUUCGGAAGCACAUCGAACAAUCAAAGCGGACGUCUGACCUCAGGGUAUCGCCAUUGACACCGGGUUCUUUGUCCAGCAGUCGGGGAUCUUCUGCCCGUCGAGUGGCCCACUUGUACGACAAUCUUCCGGACAUGAUCCGAGAUUGGACCAAGAUGCGCGAGAGUUUCAAUGAGUUUCAAUCGUCGGAGCGUUCGGAGAUGAUCAAGAGCCUCAAUCAGGAUUACAAGGUGGUCCUCAAGAUAGAACAAUUGGACAAGGAGCAAGUCAAACUUGACCGUCAAGUGCGGGAAUUGGCAGACAUUGCCAGGAAAUUUGGCUACUAUGGAGACUUGGAAUUUUCCGGUUGCUGAUUUAAGUGCCUCCUGAAGCGAGUUUUUAACGCAAACGCUCGUACCUCUGAGUUGAAGCUUGUGGCCAAUUGGACGUUGCCCAGAAUGAGCAUUCGCUCACCAAUGUUACGAGAGCAUUUUCAUACCAAUUAAAGUCCAAGCCCCUAAAUCCGAGGUACGAGCUUUAAAAAAAACAGGCCUUUGAGUACUGGAAGAGAAACUUGUAAAAUUGUAGUAAGUGCAAGAAUUCGAUAAUAACUGUUUUUUUCUGACGUCCUUACUGCUAGCGGAGCGUUGAAUAUCGGAAAAAUAUAGAGCGCUGAUUAAAAAAAAACAAACUUGACCAAGUGUGACUUCAUACCAGCUACAGAAUUAAUGCAUCAUAUUUUCUGUGAAUAUUAGAGGGAAUUGUUGCAAACAUUUAGUACGGUGCUAUCAACUCUAUCAUUCAGUGAAAUGGGAGUUCUUCUCCUAUGCCAUUGUUUGAUUCUUAGAAAGAACACUUGCCUAAGCUCUAAACAUCAACUUUUCUUAUCAAUUCGCCUAAAGUGAGGAUAGAUUGGUGCAAAAA